AUGAAUUCAAACAUGAACUCUAUGGAAUCACUCCAUAGCACCCUCCUCCCAGUACCUUCUAGAAUCAUCUAUGGACAGGAUAGACAGGCCCAACUCUGCUCUGUUCCUGACUCCAAACAAGUCCACCUCAACCACUACAGUUGCUCUGAGGGACCCAGGGGGAAGCAGAGGUGGAGGAAGCCAUUACAGAAGUCUACCCUGAUGCUGUUCAUCAACCCCUCUUCUCCCUCUUCCAGAGAGACGGCCAUAGAGAAGGUUGGUGUAGAGAGAGGAGGCGAAGAGAGACGGGCUCGGGACAGAGCCAGGAGACCAGCGAGCUGCUAUGCUAAUGUGUUUGGCCCGGUCUCAGAGACAGUAACUGUGAAACAAGCUGGACCCGGGAACUGGAGCCCAGAGACUGUUACUGUUACACAAGCUGGACCCGGGAACUGGAGCCCAGAGACUGUUAAACAAGCUGGACCCGGGAACUGGAGCCCAGAGACUGUUACUGUUAAACAAGCUGGACCCGGGAACUGGAGCCCAGAGACUGUUACACAAGCUGGACCCUGGAACUGGAGCCCAGAGACUGUUAAACAAGCUGGACCCGGGAACUGGAGCCCAGAGACUGUUAAACAAGCUGGACCCGGGAACUGGAGCCCAGAGACUGUUACACAAGCUGGACCCGGGAACUGGAGCCCAGAGACUGUUAAACAAGCUGGACCCGGGAACUGGAGCCCAGAGACUGUUAAACAAGCUGGACCCGGGAACUGGAGCCCAGAGACUGUUACUGUUACACAAGCUGGACCCGGGAACUGGAGCCCAGAGACUGUUAUUCUUAAACAAGCUGGACCCGGGAACUGGAGCCCAGAGACUGUUAUUGUUAAACAAGCUGGACCCGGGAACUGGAGCCCAGAGACUGUUACUGUUACACAAGCUGGACCCGGAAACUGGAGCCCAGAGACUGUUACUGUUAAACAAGCUGGACCCGGGAACUGGAGCCCAGAGACUGUUACUGUUACACAAGCUGGACCCGGAAACUGGAGCCCAGAGACUGUUACUGUUAAACAAGCUGGACCCGGGAACUGGAGCAUGGAACUUCCUAACCAGACCCAGAAUUCUAAUAUUGACCCAGUGAGGGGCUGGGUCAAGGACACUGCUACCAGCAACAGUAGAUUAAACACUGGAUAUUCUAGCUCUUCCAUCAGUGCCGGACCAGCAGGCAGGGACAGGGAGAUGUGUCCCCCAGAGACAGAGUCCUCCAGACCAGCAGGCAGGGACAGGGAGAUGUGUCCCCCAGAGACAGAGUCCUCCAGACCAGCAGGCAGGGACAGGGAGAUGUGUCCCCCAGAGACAGAGUCCUCCAGACCAGCAGGCAGGGACAGGGAGAUGUGUCCCCCAGAGACAGAGUCCUCCAGACCAGCAGGCAGAGACAGGGAGAUGUGUCCCCUGGAGACAGAGUCCUCCAGACCAGAGGGAAGAGGGACCGAGAGAGAAGGAGAUGGAACACAUCAUUCACACCAGGCAGAUGCCAGGAGCAGCCAACCACAACCUCCAGCUAUCACUCUCAUCAAGCACCAAGAGCCCCCGUCACACCAGCGGUCUCCUGAGGAUGUCCUGGCCCUCAACGCUGCCGUCGUCAUAGCUCAUAUCAAACUCCAGAGACAACUGAGCCUGAGGAAGACAACACCACAUGACCUUUCUACACAGGACUCAAGGUCACCCACCACACCGGAGGGGGGAAAAACACUGGUGAAGGAUGCUGGUGGUUGUGUGCGACCCAGGACUGAUGACAACAGACUAGACCCUGGUGAGACCACCAGAACCAAACAUCACACAACCCAGAUUGAUGUUGGGUUUAUUCCCCUGAAUUCUGACUCUGACCCGGAAACAAGCAACGCCAACAUUCCAUCACCCAGGGAGGCUCUGGAGCGAUCCAGACCACACUUCAUCAGUCGCUCUCAGGGCAGACUGAGAGAGAUGGAGAGGCGGGCGGAAGAGAGGAGGGAGGAGAGGCGCUCUGACCACCAGCCAGAGGAGAUGAUGCUGAUGCACCAUAGAGGACCCAGCACCAGACCCAGUCUGAGUGAUAACCUUUUCAGACCCAGAGAUAGAGCCAUUACAGGGAAGGAGAUGCAGCUCCGAACCAGGCAAAACUGUUAGAACAGAUCCUUCAAAGGGCUAGUCACUGAGUGAAGCCAAGAAUGAAUGGUCUGAAAGCACGUGAGCCCCCCUCCUUCCAGCAUACUGCCCUACUUUGAGAGACCCAACAACCAUCAAGACGGACUCACGAUUAUCCCAACGACAGUAUUAGUACACAUUAUAAUUAAGCAACAUCAUUUAACAAAAAAGAUAAACACAUUUUUUCAAUUUGUAGUGAAAAUGGGUGUCAUUAGAAAUGAAAGAAAACGAUGUAUGUUAUAAUGUUCCAACGUUUUAAUUAUAACGUCUUUCAUCAUCAUAUUACUGCUGUUUAUGAUUUUAAAAAAAAACCUGUUUGAUUUACAGAAGCACACUGGCUAUGUGUUUCACUGCUCCUAAGCCAAUCGUAUCGAAUCCUACUGAGAGCUCCAAUGAACGUCCGUCUACUUCACCAGAAGCUUUCUGAGGUUCUGGAAGAAGAAGAAGAAAAAAAGCAUAGAAUACCGGUUUAGUUGUGGGAUUACAA